UAGUGGUAUAAAAUGAACACAUUACUCCUACUGUUCAUGAUCCUAUUCUCCCUCAGCUCGAUCCUGGGACAAGGGUUCGAAAAUGACACUCGCAAACGCUUAUCAUGGUCUGUGGCCAAUAUGGAUGAACUGCUUAAGUUGGAGGAAGAACUAGCUCUCAAUCUGGAACAUUAUACAAAUGAGCUUAUUAAAAAAUAUAAUACUAUUUCGUGGGGUAUAAGCAUGAUGGAUGUGAGACACGUUUUCCAGUCGGAGAUGGGACCGAAAAAGUUCUGGGAGAAUCCCCUGAACAGUUACUCCCUCAUUCGGCACAUGGAGUCAGACUGGCAUAUGUGGCAGUUAUAUAUGGAGAAGCCUGUGGGUCUGGAACAACUAGCUUUUCUGGAGUCUAAGAAACCCACAAUGCCCCAAUACCAUGACUUUUAUGACGCUGCUGAAGGGCUUAGAAGAACCCAAUGGACUUACGAUCUGUUGGCACAGGACAUUUCUCAGGGUUUGCUAGAUGGAGUGCAGUACAACUCCUCGCUGACAGCUCUCGAUUGCUUUGACUUGGUUCAGCACCUCAUCAAUGGAUCGCGCUGGUCAAUUGCAAUGCAAUGGAUUGAAGCAACUAAACUUGCUUUGGACAGGUCAGACCCUCAACCGGCGAUUCAAAUGCUGAGAGGAAUAACGCCAGCGCUACUCUACAAAACUCUGGCAAAGGCUCAAGUGGAACAGGGAGAAGUGGACAAAGCCCUGAAGGCAUACCAGCUUGCUUUAAUCUACUCUCCCAAGGAUGCGGAACUCAGGCAGGAGUUUUUCGAUUUGGAACUAAAAUCUUUAAUAAUGCCUGGAAACCAUUCCGUAAAACCCGAGCAGAAGGAUGACGGCGAGGACAUCAAGUUGCCCUUCUGCUGCAGUGGCCAGUGUGACCUCCCCUCAAAGCUUCAGCUGUACUGUUGGUGGAACACCCAAUCGCAUCCCUUCCUUCGCCUGGCUCCCAUCAAAACAGAGUUCUUGUCACUUGAUCCCCAUGUGGUCCUCCUCCAUGAUGUGGUUUCUGCGGCAGAGCGCACCCGUUUUCAAACGACUAGCAAAAAGGAUCUGCUGCCAUCUGGCACGGUCGAUAUUGAAACGGACACCUUGUUAAACGAACAAGAUCGCACUUCCAUGUCCCUGUGGUAUGAUGAGCAUCCCAAUGAUACCAAAAGGCUCAAUGUCCUCCUGCAAGAUGCUACUGGUUUGGAUAUGGAAUACUCGGAGUCGUACCAGGUUAUGAAUUAUGGAAUAGGCGGCCUCUUCGAGACCCACAUGGACUCUCUGCUUAAAAAUGAAGACCGAUAUAGAGGAAUCCCAGAUAGACUCGCUACUGUACUCUUUUAUCUGAGCGAAGUUCCGCAGGGUGGUGCCACCGUCUUUCCAGAACUAAAUCUCACUGUCUUCCCCCAGCCUGGAUCGGCUCUUUUUUGGUAUAAUACGGAUAAAAAAGGCUACCAAAACACACAAACGUUGCAUGCUGGAUGUCCUGUCAUCGUGGGUUCCAAAUGGGUCAUGAGCAAGUGGAUCGAUGAUCUGGGACAGGAGCUAAGAGCACCCUGCAAAGUCAGCGAUUAGUUUUAAAAGUAGGGAAACUAUGUACCUGAAGCAGAGUGGAAAUAUUCUAAAGAAAUAAUAAAA